AUGGAGAACUUCCAAAAGGUGGAGAAGAUCGGAGAGGGCACGUACGGAGUGGUGUACCUCAGUGAAACUGAAGGUGUGCCCAGUACUGCCAUCCGAGAGAUCUCUCUGCUUAAGGAACUUAAUCACCCUAAUAUUGUCAAGCUGCUAGAUGUCAUCCACACGGAAAAUAAGCUUUACUUGGUUUUUGAAUUUCUGCACCAGGACCUCAAGAAAUUUAUGGAUGCCUCUGCUGUCACUGGCAUUCCUCUUCCCCUCAUCAAGAGCUAUUUGUUCCAGCUGCUCCAGGGCCUAGCAUUCUGCCAUUCUCACCGGGUCCUGCACCGAGACCUUAAGCCCCAGAAUCUGCUUAUCAAUGCAGAGGGGUCCAUCAAGUUGGCAGACUUUGGACUAGCAAGAGCCUUUGGAGUCCCUGUUCGUACUUAUACUCAUGAGGUGGUGACCCUGUGGUACCGAGCACCUGAAAUCCUUCUAGGCUGCAAGUACUACUCCACAGCCGUGGAUAUCUGGAGUCUGGGCUGCAUCUUUGCUGAAAUGCACCUAGUGUGUACCCAGCACCAUGCUAAGUGCUGUGGGGAACACAGAAGAAAUGGAAGACACAGUCUCUGCCCGCUGUGCUCCUAUCUAGAAGUGGCUGCGUCACAAGGAGGGGGGAUGACCGCAGUGUCUACCCCAUACCCCGUGACCCGGCGGGCCCUGUUUCCCGGAGAUUCUGAGAUCGACCAACUCUUCCGGAUCUUCCGAACUCUGGGGACCCCUGAUGAGGUGGUUUGGCCGGGAGUCACUUCUAUGCCUGAUUAUAAGCCGAGUUUCCCGAAGUGGGCUCGGCAAGAUUUUAGCAAAGUUGUGCCUCCACUGGAUGAAGAUGGGCGGAGCUUGUUAUCGCAAAUGCUGCACUAUGACCCCAACAAGCGGAUUUCAGCCAAAGCAGCCCUGGCCCACCCUUUCUUCCAGGAUGUGACUAAGCCAGUACCCCACCUUCGGCUGUGA